AUGUCGGUCUCAGUUUCCUUUGGACCCACCCACCCCUUCUCUCUCGAUAGGCAGCAGCAGCAGCAGCAGCGACAGCUCAUGCGGGGCCAGAAUUCCGAAACGUACGUCUCGCAGACCAUCGUUGUGGGUGUAUUCCUAGUCAUUUUCAUGGUACAAGUGGCCGCCAAUGCCGGUCAAAUUUAUCGAUCAAGACGACAGGAACGAGACCUCCGACGGAGGACUGAAACCGAGCAAGUAUCACCUCAGCCCGUGGGGGAGCAACCGCAGGAGAUGGAGCGACCAGAUGUGGAGGCGGAUCGCAAUACCGGUUGA